ACCAUCUUGGUGAGGUAGGAAGUUCGGUGGCUUGGGAGGAGGCUGCUUCUCUAGAUUGGUGUCGAGAUUUGGGAUUAUUUUAAAACAAGAAAAAAGAAAAACUCCAGAUCUGAAAAUACCGACGGCUGCUCCACAUUCAGGUUUUGAAAUCAAUUAACACUCAUUUCCUCUCAACAUCCACCCACCCACCCCUACUCUCGAGGUAGGGCGGGAGGGCCAGGGGAACCGGAAGUUGCGUGUUCGAGCAUUAUGGCGGCGCGGUGGAGCUCCAGAUGAAAUUUCUCUAGUCAGCAGGGAAAAACUGACUACCAAGAAAUUCAUACUAUUGAAUUCUUUAUGCCAAUUUGGAGCAGUUAGUGUAUUGCUACUGACUACUACAGACAGAAGUAAACAACAGAAAAUGAAAAGUAGUGUGGCCCAUAUAAAACAUAAUUCUGGUCGUGAAAGAAGAGAGCUUUCUCAGAGGAGUUCUUCUCCAGAAGAUAGAUAUGAAGAACAGGAGCGGUCUCCCCGAGACAGAGAUUACAGCAGGUCAGAUCAAGAAUAUUCAGGAAGAGGACAUUCUAAUGAUAGUAUCAUGGAAUCACGAGGGAGAGAUAGAGAAAAACGAAGGGAGAGAGAGAGAGAAAGAGAUUCUGAUCGGAGAAGGUGCAGAAAAUCUCCUUCACCAGGCAGAAGAAGUACAGAAAGAGCAACAACUCAGAGCUCAUCUGCUCAGGAUGAGCCCCCGACAAAGAAGAAGAAGGACGACGUGGAUCCACUCCUCACUCGCACGGGAGGUGCUUAUAUUCCUCCAGCAAAGCUCAGGAUGAUGCAGGAACAGAUUACAGAUAAAAACAGCUUAGCAUACCAAAGGAUGAGCUGGGAGGCCUUGAAGAAGUCAAUCAAUGGUCUUAUCAAUAAAGUGAACAUAUCUAACAUAGGGAUUAUCAUUCAAGAACUCCUUCAGGAAAAUAUAGUUAGGGGAAGGGGAUUGCUGUCUCGAUCUGUUUUGCAAGCGCAAAGUGCAUCUCCAAUCUUUACCCAUGUUUAUGCAGCCCUUGUGGCAAUUAUUAACUCAAAAUUCCCAAACAUUGGAGAAUUGAUCCUCAAGAGGCUAAUUCUCAAUUUUAGAAAAGGCUAUCGAAGAAAUGAUAAGCAACUUUGUCUUACUGCUUCAAAAUUUGUUGCGCAUCUUAUUAACCAGAAUGUGGCACAUGAAGUUUUAUGUUUAGAGAUGCUCACCUUACUUCUUGAAAGACCAACAGAUGAUAGUGUUGAAGUAGCAAUUGGAUUUCUUAAAGAGUGUGGCCUAAAAUUAACAGAAGUGUCACCUAGGGGUAUUAAUGCUAUAUUUGAACGCCUUCGCAACAUUCUCCAUGAAUCUGAAAUUGACAAACGAGUUCAAUAUAUGAUUGAAGUGAUGUUUGCAGUACGUAAGGAUGGAUUCAAAGAUCACCCUGUUAUUCUGGAAGGACUUGAUCUAGUGGAGGAAGAAGACCAGUUCACUCAUAUGCUUCCUUUGGAAGAUGACUAUAAUCCAGAGGAUGUACUUAAUGUCUUCAAGCUGGAUCCUAAUUUUAUGGAAAAUGAAGAGAAAUACAAAACUAUUAAGAAAGAAAUUCUUGAUGAAGGUGACAGUGAUUCAAACACAGACCAAGAUGCUAGAAGUAGUGAAGAAGAGGAAGAGGAAGAAGAAGAGGGGGAUGAAGAUGAAGAAGGACAAAAAGUGACUAUCCAUGACAAAACAGAAAUCAAUCUAGUGUCAUUUCGUCGUACAAUUUAUCUUGCUAUUCAGUCAAGUUUAGAUUUUGAAGAAUGUGCACACAAGUUGCUGAAAAUGGAGUUCCCUGACAGCCAAACAAAAGAACUUUGCAACAUGAUACUUGACUGCUGUGCCCAACAGAGGACAUAUGAGAAAUUUUUUGGCUUGUUGGCAGGGCGUUUCUGCAUGCUGAAAAAGGAAUACAUGGAAUCCUUUGAGGGUAUUUUCAAAGAACAAUAUGAUACCAUACAUCGCUUGGAAACAAACAAAUUGCGAAAUGUUGCCAAGAUGUUUGCUCAUCUCUUAUAUACUGAUUCACUUCCAUGGAGUGUUCUUGAAUGUAUAACAUUGAGUGAAGAAACUACUACGUCUUCCAGCAGAAUUUUUGUCAAAAUAUUUUUUCAAGAACUUUGUGAAUACAUGGGACUUCCUAAACUUAAUGCAAGACUGAAGGAUGAAACGUUGCAGCCAUUCUUUGAAGGUUUACUCCCCCGAGAUAAUCCACGAAAUACUCGGUUUGCCAUCAACUUCUUUACUUCCAUAGGUCUUGGAGGCUUAACGGAUGAAUUACGAGAACAUCUAAAAAACGUACCCAAGAUCGUCAUAGCAAAGAAACAGGAUGUGGAAUCAUCAGAUUCCUCCUCUUCCUCCUCUUCCUCUUCGGAUUCCGACUCCUCAGACUCUGAUUCUGACAGCAGCAAUAGCAGCUCAGACUCAUCCAGUGGCAGUGACUCCUCGUCCACAAGUGGCCAGAGCUCUGACUCAGAUAAAGAUAAGAGGAAAAAAGAACAAAGAAAAAAGAAAAAUAAAGAAACAGAUAAAACAAUUAAGAAAAAGAAAACAAAUGAAAAGAAACACGUGGAAAAUAAAAUGGAAAAAAGACAGCAAGAGACAAAAACUGAAGAAGACAGAAGAUCAGAAAAAAUUACAGACCGAAAUUUAAGAGAUUCAAAUUGGAGAGAGAACUCAUCAAAACAUGCCCCUGACAGAGAUACUACCACAGAACAAAACAAUUACAGGAUUUUAAAGGACAGAGAUCAUGAUAAAUACAUAGAGCCAGAAAAUAAAUCUGGUGAUACCAAGAAGAGAAGAGGACAAAGAAGGAAUUCCUUUUCUGAAAAUGAAAGAGAAAAACACCGAAACAAAGACAGUGAGAAUCAUAGGAGGAAAGAGAGAUCGAAGUCAAGAGAAAGGAGUAGAAGUCAUCCAAACCCCAGAGAUGAGGAAGAUCGACGUUGGAAUGGUGCAGAAAAGGAAUCUGAAAAACACAGCAGACGUGAGCAAUCCCGAGAGUCAAAGAGGAGCUGUGAUCGCCGAAGAGAAAACUCUCCAGCAAGGCGAAAAUAAUACUGAAAUGCCUUACAUUCAGUCUGAACUGAAUUUUUUUACAUUUAUUGCUGAACUUUAUUUCAAAAAAGAACCUUUGUAUAAAGUACUCAUUUGUAUUAUACAUUUUUAAGAGGUUUUCAUUGAAAGAUGUUUUAUAAUCUCCUCCCCCCCCCAAAAAAAAACCAAAAACCUUCCCCCCUUGGUUAAACAUAUUUGAAGAGAACAUUUUCAUUUAAGAGAAGAACAUAAUGCUUGCUUAUAUUUUGUGAAUAAAAUUGUCAAACUCUCAUUGAA